GGCCCAGCGAGUGAGAUCACAGCCAUUGAAAAGCGCCCUUCUCGACUUCACGACGAGGCCUGCCAACGACGACGCGAGAGCCCAAGCUCAGGGCUACAUACAACCGCCUCAAUUGGACCGGCAGGCAACCAUGUCGUCCUUCCCGACCGCAGUGCGGUCCACGGGGCGCCUCGCCCAGAGCGUCGUGCGCCGCCGAAACCUUUCCGACGUAGCCAUUACCCGUACCGGCAAGCCUAUUAUCCGCACCCAGGGCGGCCGCUCGUCGCUCGGCGGGCACACGGCCACCGUCUUUGGCGCCACCGGCCAGGUCGGCCGCUACAUUGUCAACAGGCUAGCGCGACAAGGAUGCACCGUCGUCGUCCCCUUCCGAGAGGAGAUGGCCAAGCGCCACCUCAAGGUUGCCGGCGACCUGGGCAGGGUGGUCUUUAUCGAGUACGACCUGCGCAACACGGCAUCCAUUGAGGAGAGCGUGAGGCAUUCCGACGUUGUCUACAACCUAGUUGGACGGAAUUACCCUACAAAGAACUUCUCCCUCGAGGAUGUCCACGUCGAGGGCGCCGAGCGCAUCGCCGAGGCCGUGGCCAAGUACGACGUCGACCGCUUCAUCCACAUGUCGUCGUACAACGCCAACCUCGACUCCCCCUCCGAGUUCUUCCGCACCAAGGCGCGCGGCGAGCAGGUAGUGCGCAGCAUCUUCCCCGAGACCACCAUCGUGCGCCCCGCGCCCAUUUUCGGUUUUGAGGACCGGCUGCUGCUCAAGCUCGCGAGCGUCCUCAACCUCUUCACGGCCAACAACAUGCAGGAGCGCUUCUGGCCCGUCCACUCGAUCGACGUCGGCAGGGCGCUCGAAAAGAUGCUGUACGACGAUUCCACGGCCUCGCAGACGUACGAGCUGCACGGCCCCAAGAACUACUCGAUGGCCGAGAUCGCCGAGAUGGUGGACCGCGAGAUCUUCAAGAAGCGGCGCCACGUCAACGUGCCCAAGGCGAUCCUCAAGCCCGUGGCGGCGCUGCUCAACCGCGUGCUGUGGUGGGACGUCAUGUCGGCCGACGAGAUCGAGCGCGAGUUCAUCGACCAGGAGAUCGACGAGACGGCCAAGACGUUUGCCGACCUAGGCAUAGAGCCGGGCGACAUCAGCAAGUUCACGUACCACUACCUGCAGGGGUUCCGGAGCUCGUCCUUUUACGACCUCCCGCCCGCGACGGAGAAGGAGAAGAGGGAAGAGAAGAAGUACAUCCACGUGCUGGACGAGUGAGGCGGGCCGUCGCAUAUUGGCGCUUGCUACCUAGAGUGUAAAUAUUUCCUGCGGCUAGCUGACUAGCGUUUCAAGUCAAGACAAAAAAAACAUAUUUUAUUGGUUACCCGUUAUGACAUGUUGAUUCUGUUCACUAUCUAUUCACCCCUGUAUGACAUAUCGAAUCUACUAAUGGAGGCAAGGUAGCCCUGUAUCCAGCACACCG